AUGAGAAUCAUAAUUGCGAUCAUCUUGCUCGCCGUCUGCUCCGUCGUGGACUCGGCGAAUAGUGAGCAACAGGACGCCGCAAAAUCUGUGAAAACACGCUCGUUUUUCAGUCUCGGCGCUGCGCGAAAUCUACGAAGACUUUGCCAUUCUGACACGUGUCGCCAACGCGAUCAGCCUCCAGGCGGCGGCGCUCGAGAAGAACGCGAUGAUCCGUGAGGUGAUCGCCGAACUUUUGCGCACCAACACCGACGUCCUCAUCGAGCUGAUCAGGGUGGAUCCGCAAGUGAUUCUGAGAAAUGUGCAACGAGAGUACGCUUCUGUUGUGCCGUUCGUGGCGAAGAUCGGCGCCGCGGAUCGGCGCACGCUGAGGGAGAUGAACGUGCUGAACGAGAAGAUCUGGGCGCAGACGAUCGAGGACAAGAGUCAGGCGAUCGACGGGUCCAGGGCCCAUGAGUUCUACAGAACCGUCGUCAACAACGAGACGGCUUCCGAAGUGGCGCUGGUGUGCGCUGCCGGCCUGGUCACAGACAUGCAAAACUUUUACGAGGCGCUCAUCGAGCCGAAUAAAACGGUGCUGGAGGAGACGAAAAGGGACGGGUAUCUGAAGAUCAUCCAGAGAAAGUCGAGUGGUUUGGAAGUGCACAAGUGUCUCGAGAACAUUCGAACGUACUCUGACGAAGUGCAAAAACGUUUUCUAGACGCGGCCGCGGUUCUCAAAGAGUUCGAGGCGACCAUCAACACGGCGCGCUGGUUUUCGGACAAUUCGGCUCGGUUUGAGACGCUUCCGACGCUUCUGGACGACGUGGAUCGGGUCUUCGGACAGACGGCGGACAUUUGGAAGACAAAGCGGACGAUUAGUGUGGGCGCGCUGCUCGAGAAGACGUCGAAACAGUUUGUGCAUCGGGUGCGGAAAGCGGCGGUACAGUAUACGGCCGGGUUUCCGGAUCCCGGAGACAUUGGAAAGAUUGGCGUGGAUUUGAAGAGUGAUUGGUUCAAAGAGAAGGUGUCAGGGGGCAAAAGUACGCAAAAGCUCGAGAAAACGUUGGCGCCUUUUAUGGAUUUUGGACGGCGCAUGAAUGUGGUUCAAUCGAAUUGGCAUGUGUUCGAGAGGGAAAUGAGCAAGGCGCAAAAGCAGAUCGAUGAUAUCACGAGACCGCUGAAGACGGUCGAGCUGUUCCAGGGCGAGCAACACUCGCAAACGUUGGCCAACGCGAAAAACGUGUGGCGCCGAUGUUGGAAUGGUGGCGAAAAACGAGCGAAUUCGACGAGUAUGGACGAGGCGAGACGUCGCUUGAACCAACCGCUACACCUCAUGAAAACAGUCCAAAACUUGCGGAAAUGGCAGAAAAAACUGGUGGACGGGGUGGAUUUGACGGCCGUCGAGGACGUCUUCAACAUGAUUGGACAGCUGGCGGACGGCGAGAGCUGGGACUACAAUCGGGAGCUCAUCCGACGGCUCGAGCACUAUGAAGAGCUCGAAAAGUUUCUGUACGCACUGGAACCGCUCGCGAAACUUCAAACACUUUAUAAGUCUCAGCUGCGCCUCGUCAAGCAGGUGUCGCCCGAUCCGAGUCGACUGGAUCUGAAUGCGAUUUAUGCGCAGACAAAGUUGAAGGCGGACCUCGAUUGUUUGGCCGAAAAGGAAAAGGGUUUUGGUGUGCACAUGGUGAUGGAUAUCAUCGAGUUCUUGAACAGUGUCUUCGCGUUGGCCGAACAUCAAAACUUGGCGGAGAUCAAGAUGGUUUUGGAGGAUUUUGAGACGUUUCGGAAGAGCCUGCUGGAAAUGGAAAAGUAUGUGAAGGGCAUAUCCGGCGGGACCACUUUUGAUCCGAUCCUUCGACUCAACAACUCGCUGGAAUUGACGAAUCGGCUCGGCAAGGCGAUGAUCGUGCUUCGGCAGUUGACAAAUGCGCAGGAAAACAGGCCGGUGCUCGAGGCGGCCAAGAGCUACAGUGAGAAAGUGAGCGAGACGCUUCUGAGGGGCCACAAACUGAGUCCGGCCGCCGAGUUCUUCUACCUGCAGCAGCGGGAGGCGGCGAUCGACGGACUGCUCCACGACCUGGAGCUCAUUGAGCAGUUUGCGGCGAGCCGCGUACGUGGCAAAGAUCUCAUGGAGAUGAGGGCGUUGUUCGACGAGGUGAAGCGGAUUCACGGCUUCCCGAGCUUCCAAUACUAUCGCGAGAUUCACCGACAGUUGAGGAGCUACCGUACGAUUGCGGGAUUGCAGGACGCUACGGAGAAUUCGAGAAUUCUCAGCGGAUGGGUUCUGAAUUUUGCCGAUUAUAAAGGAGAUUUGAGUGCGGCUGCUUUGAGCAUCGGAGAAAUCAAGGACUACUUCGAUGACAUCUUCGGUCUGAAGCCCAAUCCUCAACUGGAGAUCAGAAUGUAACAUAUUUUGAGUGAUCUAUGAUCUAAAAGUGACUUUCAGAAUCGACCGCACGUUCUCGGUGCUCGGCGUCGUCGGCGUGUGCAUCGGCGCGUUCCUCCUGCUCAUCAUCGUCCUGAUCAUCGGCUACGGAUUCACAAAGAACGGACGGAAAAGGUACAGAAUGUGGUACCUGUACUACUUUCCGAACAUGGACGAGUUCGAGCGGAGAUGGAGAUAUUCGGUGCGGUCGCCCAACUUUUCUUCCCGAAUACUUUCUCGAUUUGCAGUUGUUCAUGGACCGGACCGACAUGAAGAACGCGCUGAUCGACGCGGUGCACGACACGAACGCGGUGAACGUGGGCAAGGCGAUCCGGCGGGGAGUGUACAUAAACGUGCGCAACAGUGAGUCGACAAUAUCUCCGUCGACGACUCGGUGCCAACACAAUGUUUGAAAGGCAACGGGAAGACGGCGCUGCACAUUGCCUCCGAGAACGGCUACCCGGACAUGGUGCGGAUGCUGAUCAAGGCGGGCGCCGAUCGGACGAUGCUGAGCACGGAGAACAAGACGGCCGAGCAGAUGGUUCCGGCGGCGGACUCGGCCACGUUCCGCACGAAGAGCGACAAGUUCGAACAGGUCCUACGCGUCUAUGAAAAGUGUCGAAAGAAGAAGUACCGACUGAGUGCGUCGGUCCGCCCAAUAUCUGAUCGUACAAUAUGCGGGCGUGUUUGCAGAGGUGCCCGACGUGUUCCCCGUCAGUUCGUUCCACAUCUACAUGCAUCCGGAGACGAGCAACGAGGCGAGCGACCGCUUCUUCGACGCGUUCCCGUCGAUCGCCACCAACGAGGCGCUCGACACGAUGACGCAUUGCGUGGUGCGAACCGACGCGGACGGCGUGCUCGAGACGGACGACGUCUCGCUGCUCGCCUCGAUCUUCAACGGAACGAUAAUAGUGAGCGAGCAGUGGAUGGUGGAUUGUGUGCGCGACGGGCGUCUCAUCAAGCACGACGACAAGUACCUCGUCGAGCGGGUCAAGUACAAGGGCCACGUGUACGAGAACGCGGUGCUUCCGUGGAGCCGCGCCAUGGCCAAGGGAGACGUUCCGUUCUUGCUGGGCGCCCACGUGGCACUCGUCAUGAAGGACUGUCCUAAAAGUGGGUCGAAAAGCACAAUAUCCCAUCGCACAAGUGUCGCCCUUUUUUUGCAGUCCUCGACUUUUACAAGAUCAUCAAGACGCACGGCGGAGAAGUGUCGGAGACGUUCCCGGCGAAGGCGGACUUCAACCGGCACUCCCAUCCGUACCUGCACGCCGACAAGGGACCGCUCUUCAUCAUCCACGACAAUCAGUUCGAGCUCGGGCCCUACCACAACGAUCCGGACCGCAUGUACACGCUCUUCACCGAACCAGAAUUCAUCGUUUUCUUGCUGAAACGGGACAUCCAGCGGGACACGAGUCCGAAUCCGAUUCCUGUUAAAAUUUCUGACGAAUAA